AUGGGCAACUGUAACGCCUGCGUGAGACCAGAGAAUUCUCCACCGGACUCCUCCUCAAAAACCCACCGUAACCGUCAAAAGCACAAGACCCACGACCGGAAGUCCAAUCCAUACUCAAUCGAAGACCCCAUCCGUUCACCUGCCCCGAUCCGGGUCCUCAAAGACUUCGUCCCUCUAAACCACCGUGCCCGAAUCGGGGACAAGUAUGUACUGGGUCGAGAACUCGGCCGUGGGGAGUUCGGUAUCACUUACCUCUGUACGGACCGCGAGAACAAAGAGAACCUCGCCUGCAAGUCUAUUUCGAAGCGGAAGCUCCGAACUGCCGUCGACAUCGAGGAUGUAAGGAGAGAGGUCCAGAUAAUGUCAAGUCUUCCUGACCACCCAAACGUGGUGAAAUUGAGAGCCACUUAUGAGGAUAACGAGAACGUGCAUCUGGUGAUGGAGCUCUGCGAAGGAGGGGAGCUCUUUGACAGGAUCGUCGCCAGGGGACACUAUACAGAGAGGGCGGCGGCGGCUGUUGCUAGAACAGUUAUGGAGGUUGUGAAGAUGUGCCAUGAGAAUGGUGUGAUUCAUAGGGACUUGAAGCCUGAGAAUUUUCUAUUUGCUAACAAGAAGGAGCAAUCGCCCCUUAAGGCCAUCGAUUUUGGGUUGUCCGUAUUUUUCAAGCCUGGUGAGAGGUUCUCCGAGAUUGUGGGGAGUCCUUACUAUAUGGCACCGGAGGUCCUGAGACGAAAUUACGGGCCAGAGGUUGAUAUUUGGAGCGCUGGAGUAAUUCUCUAUAUCUUGCUGUGUGGGGUUCCUCCAUUUUGGGCAGAGACUGAACAGGGUGUUGCUCUUGCAAUUUUGAGGGGGAAUAUUGACUUUAAGAGGGAACCGUGGCCUCAGGUUUCACAAAGUGCUAUAAGCCUUAUCCGGCAAAUGUUAGAGCCAGAUCCUAAAAAGCGCUUGACUGCCCAACAGGUGCUUGAACACUCCUGGUUACAAAAUGCAAAGAAAGCUCCUAAUGUUCCAUUGGGAGAUAUUGUAAGAACAAGACUCAAGCAGUUCUCAGUGAUGAAUAGAUUCAAAAAGAAAGCCCUCAGGGUAAUUGCAGAACACUUAUCCGUUAAAGAGGUUGAGGUUAUCAGAGACAUGUUUACAUUGAUGGACACUGACUGCAAUGGGAAAGUAACAUACGAGGAGUUGAAGGCUGGGCUUCGCAAGGUUGGUUCACAAUUGGCUGAACCAGAGAUAAAAAUGUUGAUGGAAGUGGCCGAUGUUGAUGGAAAUGGAGUGCUGGACUAUGGAGAAUUUGUUGCUGUGACUAUUCACUUGCAGAAAAUGGAGAAUGAUGAGCAUUUCCGCAAAGCAUUCUUGUUUUUUGACAAAGAUGGAAGUGGUUACAUUGAAUUAGAUGAGCUUGAAGAGGCAUUAGUAGAUGAGGCAGGUGAAACUGAUAAUGAUGUGCUGAAUGACAUCAUGCGCGAAGUUGACACAGACAAGGACGGACGUAUCAGCUAUGAGGAGUUUGUUGCAAUGAUGAAAGCUGGUACCGAUUGGAGGAAGGCAUCACGGCAGUAUUCAAGGGAGAGGUUCAAGAGUUUGAGUCUUAACUUGAUGAAAGACGGUUCAUUGCAGCUUCAUGACGGGCUCACUGGUGAAGCUAUUGCUGUCUAAAUUAAAAGGAUUGAUGAUUUUGUUUUGCUUAUGCUUGCUGAGUGUUUCUUCCCUUAUUGUCAAUUCAAUGAUAUAUAUAUAUAUAUACACAUCUCUAAAGUCUGCCCUGUACGGUUUCCGAAGAUGCAAGUUCAGGUUCAAGAGAAGAUGGGAGGUAGAUUGAACGUUGGCUAGAAGUGUCAGUCUUCUUCACAUAUCCUUGUACAUUGAUCUUGUUGUUUGUAUUUGAUGAUCUCUCAAUUGUGUUGUUUGUAACUUUUGUGCAGAAACAAAUUAUAUUGACAGUAUGAUCUUUUGAGGAAAUGACAUAUGUUACAGUUUUGCAUC